AUGUCUCCACACGCAGAGCUGCCUUCCAUUUCAAUGCUACAAACGAGUACGAGUGGCAGCUUUGUCCAAAGUCGGAUCCAGCUAGCUCCUCUAUCCUCGUCUGCUAGGCUCAAAGCAGAUCCGCGAGGACUGCUUCUGGAAGAGAGUGAUGCCUCGUCGGGUUGGUCGACCAGCAAACCAAGGGAGACGGCAGCAAAUCUGGAUCUAGAGGCAAACGACGCACCCCCAGACAGACAGGGCGGUAACGAGAACGCCUGCGUCGACGAACAGCCCGAAUACGUGGACAGGCGAGAGUCGCUUCUCUCGUCACCACUACGGCAUCCAAACGGAACGUUCAUGUUCCCGGAUCUUUCGACGCCACAGCAGGAAGAAAUCGCACAAGAAGCCCUUGUCCAAGCCGAGGAGUCAAUCAUUGCCGAUAACAACCCAGAAUCCGAAAAUGGGUCGGAUGGAGGCUACGAAAGCGAUGGAUUCAGUUCGGCCAGCACGUCGGCGGAGUCGUCGGUUCGAGAUUACAUGUUUGAAAACGGGCGAAGGUACCACCGAUUUCGAGAAGGCCACUACAACUUUCCCAACGAUGAUGUGGAGCAGGAAAGAGAGGAUAUGAAACACGCCAUGGUGAAACUGUUAUGCAGUCAGAAAUUGCAUUUUGCUCCCAUCGGCAGCAACCCGCAAGAAAUGCUGGACAUUGGUACAGGUACUGGGAUCUGGGCCAUAGAAAUGGGUGAUAUGUUUCCGAGCGCGCACAUCCUAGGCGUCGACCUGUCUCCCAUCCAGCCGGACUGGCUACCUCCCAACGUGCGAUUCAUGGUUGAUGAUGCGGAAUCACCUUGGUUAUACCCACGAAAUCACUUUGACUACAUCCAUUCUCGUCACACAGUCAUGGCUAUAAAGGACUGGGAUACACUGUACAGAAGAGCUUUCGAGCACCUCAAACCCGGCGCCUGGAUUGAGAUGCAAGAGAUUCACCACAGACCUCGCAGUGCCAAUGUGGACGGCAGCGUACCCCCAGAACAUCCUGUUGCCAAAUUCUGGACCUUGAUCACCGAGGGCCUUGAUGCUCUGGGCGUAGACCUGGAGAUUUCGGCUGGCGGAAACCUUCCCCGCAAGAUGGAAGAAGCCGGCUUCACCAAUGUGACUGAAAGAGUGUUUCAUGUGCCCAUAGGGACAUGGCCCAAGAACAAGGUGCUCAAGACAGUGGGGCUGUACUGGCGGACCAUCCUUCUGGACGGCCUCCAAGCCAUUGCUCUGGGGCCGCUGACUCGUGGACUACGCUGGAACCGCGAGCAAGUCGAGAUGUUUCUCAUGGAAGUGAGACGAGCCUACCAUGAUAACACCGCUCUGAUGUAUAUGCCAUUGUAUAUAGUUUACGGGCAAAAGCCGACCACAGCAUACUGA